GUUCCUCCUCCGCUGCCGGUCCCGGGGCUCCAGCAGACUCUGGUGUGGUACCUGCGGGCGGUGCAGCACCUGGUGUCGGAGGCUCAGUUCAGCAGAACAUCAGCAGCAGUGGAGGAGUUCAGGAGAGCAGGAGGAGCAGGAGAAACCCUGCAGAGACGCCUGCUGGAGAGACGAGCACACACACACAACUGGGUGAACCAGCUGUGGCUGGAGGACAUGUACCUGAAGAACACACUCCCCCUGCCCGUACACUCCAGUCCAGCGCUGGUGCUGCCCAUACAGGCCUUCAGAGAGCCGGGAGACCGUCUGGAGUUUGCGGCUCGUCUCAUUCUAGGUGUUUCUGGGUUGAAGGCUGCAGUGGACAGGGACAGUCUGCCGCUGGACUCUGCUGGGUCGGGUGUCCCGCUCUGCAUGGAUCAGUAUAAGCGUCUCUUCAGCUGCUACAGACGGGCCGAACUCCAGCAGGACACACUGAUCAGCGCAGAGCCCUCACCUGCAGAUCCACAUGCCAUAGUGGCCUGCAGGAACCAGUUCUUCGUGCUGAACCUGUCGGUCGGCUGCAGGACCCUGAGCCAGUCGGAGCUCCAGCAUCAGCUGCUGUGGAUCACUGAGCACACACACACUCACACACACACUCACACACACACACCGCAGCAGCAGCAGCAGCCAGCGCUGGGCUUACUGACCGCUGCCUGCAGGAGAGACUGGGCCACUGCCCGACAGCAGCUGCUUACAGAGGAGGAGAACAGGCGUUCUCUGGAGCUGAUGGAGCGGUGUGUGUGUGUGGUGUGUCUGGACGAGCCGGCGGGACUCGAACCCUGUGCCGCAGACAGAGCAGCACUGAUCCUGCACGGCGGAGGACCAGAGAGAAACGGAGGAAACCGCUGGUACGACAAACCCCUGCAGUUUGUGGUUGGAGCAGACGGUGUGUGUGGAGUGGUGUGUGAACACUCUGCCUCCGAGGGCAUUGUGCUGGUGCAGUGUGUUGAACAUGUGCUGAAACACACGUAUGUAAACGAGCUUGAACACACACACGUCUCCGACACACACGUCUCCAGCCGGACCGCUGGUCUUCCUCAGCCAAGCAGAUUACUGUGGAAAUGUUCCCCACGGGUGGAGGAGAUGCUGGCGGCGGCUGCGGAUCAGCUGCAGCGGCUGGUCUGGGAUCUGCACAUGAGUGUGUGUGUGUUCUCGGCCUUCGGGAAGACUCUGAUCAAACAGCAGCGCAUCAGUCCAGACGGCUUCAUCCAGCUGGCCAUUCAGCUCGCCUACUACAGGACCCACAGUAGAGCGGUGUCCACCUAUGAGAGUGCGUCUCUGCGCCGCUUCCACCUCGGCCGUGUUGAAAACAUCCGCUCAGCCACAGCGGAGGCUCUGCGCUUCUGCACGGCCAUGAGCGGGGGCGGAGCUUCAGUUCAGGACUCCGAGAAGAUGGAGAAACUCAGAGCAGCUGCAGACGCUCAGGCUCAGGUCACACUGAUGGCUGUCACUGGGAAUGGGAUGGACAAUCACUUACUGGGACUGCGGGAAAUGGCCAGGCAGAUGGAGAUGGAGAUGCCGGACAUAUUCUCUGAUGAAACAUAUAAGAUCAGCAACCAUUUCAUCCUGUCCACCAGUCAGGUUCCCACUGAGAUGGAGAUGUUCUGCUGCUAUGGUCCAGUGGUUCCAGACGGCUACGGCAUUUGUUAUAAUCCUCAGCCGGAUCACAUCGUGUUCUCGGUGUCGAGUUUCAGAGAGAAUAAAGAAACCUGUUCAGAUCGGCUAGCAGAAGAGCUGCAGGUCGCACUGCUGGACAUGAAGAACCUGUGCAUGAAACACACUGACCACAGAGACGCAGCAGAACACCAGUCCAUGUAACACCACACUGACCACAGUAACACCACACUGACCACAGUAACACUACAGUAACUACACUACACUAACCACAGUAACACUACACUAACUACACUACACUAACCACAGUAACACCACACCGACCACAGUUACACCACAGCAACACCACACUAACUACAUUACACUAACUACAUUAACCAUAGUAACACCACACUAACAUUACAGUAACACCACACUAACUACACUACACUAACUACACUAAC